AUGAAGAAAGUUCAAGAAGAGGUAAGAAGAAUUGUGGGUGAAAAAUCCAUGAUAGAGGAAAAUGAUCUAAAUCAAAUGAAGUACAUGAAGUGUGUAAUCAAAGAAACUCUUAGAUUACAUCCACCAGGUCCAUUUUUAAUUCCAAGAGAAACAGCAAAUAGUGUGGAAAUAAAAGGGUACCACAUUCCCAAAAAAGUAACCGUAUAUAUAAAUUCAUAUGCAAUUCAUAGAGAUCCUAAAUUAUGGGACAAUGCUGAAGAAUUUAUUCCUGAAAGAUUUGAAGGUAACCAACAAGUUGAUUAUAAGGUGAUAGAUUUUCAAUUGAUCCCAUUUGGUUUUGGGAGGAGGGGCUGUCCUGGAAUUUCAUUUGGGGUUGCUUCUUUUGAGUAUAUGAUGGCUAAUCUUCUCUAUUGGUUUGAUUGGAAGGUUCCUAAUAAUAAUAAUAAUAAUGGUGCAUUGAUAGAUAUGAGUGAGUUUAAUGGGUUGAGCGUUACCAAGAAACAACCACUUUAUUUGGAGCCAAUGCCUUACUUAAUUUGUUAA